GGGAGGCGCCAGCGUCGCCCUCGGGCCGUCGCCGACGCCGCUAACGGAGCGAGGUCGGCGCGGAGCGGGGCGGCGGCGGGAAGAGCGCGGCGCGGAGUUGCGCCCCGGGCGGAGGGGAGCGAGGCGCCGGCUGCGAGCCCACCAAGCGGGCAGGGGAGGGCAGGGGGCAGGAGUGUCAAACUAAACGCCCAACGGCAUCCGGGCCGUCCGCUUUUUUUUUUUCUUUCUUUCUUUCUUUCCUUCUUUCUUUCUUUCUUUUUUUUUUUUUUUUUUCUAAUUAUUCCGAAAGAGAAACCUCACUGUUUUUGGCACACUGCUCCGCGUGCGGAGUUGUUUUCCGCGCACCGCUGACAAACAAAGGAAAAGGGGGAGGGGGACCGCGCUUCGCAGAAGACAUGCGUUCCGUCAGGAAGAGGUGGACUGUGUGCACCAUAAGUCUCCUCCUCAUCUUCUACAAGACCAAGGAGAUCGCGCGCACUGAGGAGCGCCAGGAGGCUCCGCUCGCCGGAGAUGGUGAGCUGAGUUUGAGUCGAUCAAUGAUCAAUAGCUCUGAUAAAACAAUCCGAAAGGGCGGUUCCGCUAUCUUCCAGCAUUCUGUAGAAGGUUGGAAAAUCAAUUCUACUUUGGUACUGGAGAUAAGAAAGAGUAUUCUUCGAUUCUUGGAUGCAGAAAGAGAUGUCUCAGUGGUCAAAAGCAGCUUUAAGCCAGGAGAUGUAAUCCACUAUGUACUAGACAGACGUCGCACCCUAAAUAUUUCUCAGGAUUUGCACAGCCUUCUCCCUGAGGUUUCCCCGAUGAAGAAUCGCCGAUUUAAAACCUGUGCUGUAGUUGGAAAUUCUGGCAUCCUUCUGGACAGCGGGUGUGGAAAAGAGAUUGAUACCCAUGACUUUGUUAUAAGGUGCAAUCUAGCUCCCGUGGUUGAGUUUGCUGCAGAUGUGGGAAAUAAAUCUGAUUUUAUUACCAUGAACCCAUCAGUUGUACAAAGAGCAUUUGGAGGCUUUCGGAAUGAGAGUGACAGAGAAAAAUUUGUGCGUAGACUAUCCAUGCUGAAUGACAGUGUCCUUUGGAUCCCUGCUUUCAUGGUCAAAGGCGGAGAGAAGCAUGUGGAGUGGGUUAAUGCAUUAAUCCUUAAGAAUAAAUUGAAAGUGCGAACCGCCUAUCCAUCACUGAGACUUAUUCAUGCUGUCAGAGGCUACUGGCUGACAAACAAGGUCCACAUCAAACGACCCAGCACUGGUCUCCUCAUGUACACGCUUGCCACCAGAUUUUGUGAUGAAAUUCACCUGUACGGAUUUUGGCCAUUCCCAAAGGAUUUACAUGGAAAACCAGUCAAAUAUCAUUAUUACGAUGAUCUGAAGUAUCGGUACUUUUCUAAUGCCAGCCCUCACAGGAUGCCAUUAGAGUUUAAAACAUUGUAUGUAUUACAUAACAGAGGAGCACUUAAGUUAACAACAGGGAAAUGUGUACAGCAAUAAAGCACAUGUAAAGUACAGUAAGAAGUACAGAAUAUGCUCUUCAUCAUAAAGAUGCUGUGGAAUGGCAGUGGGAUCCCAAUGAGGAUAUGCUUCAAUACCCUUUCAGCCAUUGGAAAAAGGAAUUUUGUCAGAAUUACAUAACCAGCUAUUAUACCUGCAAAGUGCUAUAAAACUAAGCUAUUUUGACUGCAAGGGUUCAAGUAAGUGCCACUUUCACUAAGAACAAAGUUUGAAUGUAUACUCAGUAGUGUUUACAGUAUCCAAUGAUACAUUCAUCAUGAAUUAAAGAAGAAAAACAUAGCCUGCUUACUGCUGACUUACCACUGUGGUCAGAGAGAAGACAUCACCUGGGGACAACAUAUUUUCUUCUGCAAAGAAACUAGACUUUGGCAGAAAAAAAAUAUAUAUAUAUCAUGAUGGAAUUGAACAGAGAAAGUGAAAUCCAUAAGGUCAAACAAGUAAAUGCAUUCAGUCAGGGGACUGUUUCUGAUCUUGUAUUAUAACUUGAGCUUUUGUUGCUGUUUUUCUUAUGGCUGUUGGUUGGGUUUUGUUGCUUUUGAGUAAUUAAAUCCUUAAAGGAUUUUGAGGAUGUAAUGAGUAAUUAAAGUAAAUAUUUUAUGGAAUUGUCUUAGGAAAAAAAAACUACAAAAAAUAAACACAAAAAAAAAA